AUGGCGUCGCACGGCAGUAACAACAAGGGCAAGGCGGUCGAGCCUCUGCCACCGAAAACGCAAACACGACACACCGACUUGGAUUCGGACGAUGAAGAUGAGAAACGAGUCAGGGCACUGGAAGAACAGAUUCACACCCUGAUCAGCCAGCUCAACACCUUUAGCAGCAAGCAUGACCACGACAUUGGAGACCUUCGAGACUCAGUCGAGCAAAGUGCAGCCCAAAUCGCCGCCUCCGCACCAGCAUCUUCCGUGGGAAUCAAGUUACCCAAAGCAGAGAGCUUCGACGGUACUCGAUCUAAGCUUCGAGGGUUCCUCACCCAGAUGGAUAUGCACCUUGACAUGAACAGAGGAAGGCUAGUCAACGACGCCGCAAAAGUCAUCUUUGUGUCAUCAUACCUACGAGGACAAGCAUGGGAUUGGUUGGAACCGUACAUUCGAGAAUACUAUGAAAAGACUCCAGACGCCUGGUCUGCCAUGGCCCAGGGCAUCUUUUCGCGAUACAGCAGCUUCCGACAAUUGCUUGAACGAACCUUCGGCGAUAUCGACGCGAAAGCAACGGCUGAACGGAAACUUGCACGAACUCGACAAACCACCUCCGCAACAGCCUACGUUGCCGAGUUCAUGGCACACGCCGCAAUCCUAGGAUGGGACGACUACGCUUUGAUUCCACCAUUCUAUGGGGGGCUGAAAUCACACAUCAAGGACGAAAUCGCUCGAAUCGGACGACCUACCACCAUGAAUGAAUUCGUCGACACUGUUGUACGAAUCGAUAACCGCUUCUACGACCGACAGCGAGAAGAAAGCGAACUUAAACAAUGGCGCCGUAACCCAGGACGAGGAAACGGCGGACGAUUCCAACAAAGACGGAACUUUGGGAGAAGGGACAACGACCCCUACGGACCCAAACCAAUGGAACUCGAUGCAGCAAGGCUGCCUACCGAAGAACAGAAACGACGCAAAAACAACAACCUGUGCUUCAACUGUGGUAAGCCAGGACACCGAAUCAAGGACUGCCGAAGCAAGAGGCAGGAGAAACCCCAACAAUUGAACGCGACCCAAGAACGAAGAGGUGCGUACGACACUACUGGCACCGAGAAACCAGAACAAGGGAAGCCUCAACGGCUCUACGCGACGCAGGAGCGCGACUGGGAAGGCCCCAUGAUUGUGGAUGGGAGCAAGCCACCAGGACUGUAUCGGGAUGAGCGAAUGCUCUCCGAAACAGACGACGAAGAAUUCCCAGAGAUCGACUAUGAAAUCAUCGAAAACUCGCCGCAGAUUCCUUAG